UGUGUGUGUGUGUGUGUGUGUGUGUGUGUGUGUGUGUGUGUGUGUGUGUGUGGUACAAGCUGCUAUACUCUGAAUCAUGACUUGGCACUUUUAUGUUUGGUUUGAGUUCUAACUUGUUAAAUCUGAAGUCAUAUGCUGCUAAUCAAAGUCUUCUUGUGUGUCUGUGUUCUGCUGGAAUCUCUUCCCAUGAGUCAGGUGGUCUCUGCAGCUCCUCAGACAGCUGCCCGGUGGUGAUCCGAUACAGCAAAGACCAGCGGCCCACCACUCUGCCCAUCCAGCCCUUCACCUUCCACCACCAGUUUGCCUCCAAGCCCCCACAGCCCAAACCUGUGCUGCCGCUGCUCUCAGGUUACAUCUCUGGGAUGCAGGCCCGUUCUGGUUCUGGUGGUUCAGAAGAGGAGGAGAGUGAAGAUGUGGAUAAAAAUGUGCACAAGUAUCAGGCAGGUCACACUGCGGCAGCGCCUCCUCCCGGAUCUGUACGACCCUCACCUCUGGGCAGCUAUUCUCCAGUUCGCCUCCAAGGGGCACCGAGCUCCGGGACCUGCUCUACCUGUACCCCGAGCCCUCAGCCUGCACACAGUGUCUCCUGUCCACUCUCUGUGGGCCUCGGCCCCCUGCAUUCCCCGCCAGCCACAAAACAAAGCACGGCGCUGCCCCCUACCCCGCUGCCCCCUUCACUGGGGGUGAAGAAGGUGAUGGUGCCGCCGCCGGUGCAGGGUCAGUGCUUCCACCGAGGAACUCUGCACAGCGACACACUGAGCCUCCUGGGAUGCAUUGACUCAGCAAAGCACAGGGAUGGAAGCAAAGGGCCCGGAACCCGAAGCCACAACGUGAGCCAGCAGAGCUGCAGCGAGCUGCUGCCCGAGUAUUUCUCCCUGACUGAGAAGCCCCCAGAAGAGUUCUGCCUCUCCCCGGAUGCCCUCCUCAUCGUCCUCAAGUCUCACAUCUCCGUUGACCUGAAGCAGAAAAGAGCUCUGGUGAAGGCCGUGAACAUGGCGGUUGACCUGAUUGUGGCGCACUUUGGCACCAGUCGAGACCCGGAUGUAAAGGUAUGA